GCCGUUUGUGACGUUCAGUGAAGAGAGAGUGUGUGUGGAGUGAAAGGACAGACAUUACAGACAUUGAGAGGCUUUACAGACAUUUGUUAAGCAUUGAGUGAUUGUUUGCAUUGAGUGUCUCAUUGAGUGUCUCAUCCAUUGAAUCAAUUGAUCCAUUGAUUGAUCCAAUUUGUGGUACAUUUAGUGUUUUGGUGUGUUUUGAGUGCAAAUGUCUGAAAAGGAGACCAAUUUCUUCAAAGCGGAGGAGAAGUUGUCGACCACUGAAUCGAUAGUGCAGUUCCUCUGGAAUCGUCGGACCCGCGAGUUCUGUGGCCGCACCGGCAGCUCAUGGCUAAAAAUCCUCAUAUUUUACAUAAUCUUCUACUUAUGUUUGGCCGCCUUCUGGGCCCUAAUGUUAUUAAUAUUUUAUCAAACCAUUGAUCAACGCGUCCCGAAGUGGCAAUUGGGCGACAGUCGCAUCGGAUCCAAUCCAGGACUGGGCUUCAGACCACGUCCUCGUGAGGAGAACGUUGAAAGUACUCUGAUUUGGUUCAAACAGGGACAGAAUGAACACAACUGGAAACACUGGAGUGAUAAUCUUGUUAAGUUCUUAGAGCCGUAUGAGAAGGCGACCGAUGCGAGCGCUGACAGGGGAGCCCACGUCGAGCAGUGCAGAGAUAAUGACAAGACAUCCAACUCAGAGAAGUUCUGCUUCUUUGACAUUAAGACCAUCGAUAAUAACUGCACUAAAGGCCAGGACUUUGGCUACAAAAGGGGUGAUCCCUGUGUUCUCAUUAAACUGAAUCGAAUAUACAACUGGCAGCCCGAACCCUAUUCACGCGAUGACUUGGCCUCUAAUGCGGCCAUUCCUGAUGAGGUGAGAAACGGUUACGCAAAGAACUCAUCCAAAAUGGUUUUCAUCACAUGCGAAGGAGAGAACGCGGCGGACAAGGAGAACAUCGGACCGAUUCACUACUACCCGCAGAAUGGGAUUGAGUUCAAGUACUUCCCGUUCACUAACCAACCCGGAUAUCUGUCGCCAUUUGUGUUCAUCCACUUCUUGAAGCCGACCCCCGGAGUGUUGAUUAACAUCGAGUGCAAGGCUUGGGCUAAGAAUAUCAAACACGACCGAAUGGACAGAGAGGGUAGCGUUCACUUCGAGCUCUUAAUCGACGGCUUCUAGUGUUUAAUAAUUAUAUAAUUAUAUAAUUUUAGAUUAGGUUUUGAUUUAUAGACAUUUUAUUAUAGUUUUAUUUCAAUAGAAACCAUUCGUAAAGUUAUUUUGGUUUUAAACAUAGUUUAAAUUGUUUUAAUGCACUCAUCAUUGGUUCAAACAUUAAACGCAAUCCGAUUUGUAUUACCAGAGGAUUGCAUUGAGUUGUGGUUUAAAGUUUUGAAGCAUAACUUACUAUACAUCCAAUUAAUAGUUUUAAGCAUUUAUUUUGCAAUUUAUGUCUGUUAUUAUGAGUUAAUGUUUGGUCUAAUUUUUGAUAGCCUAUACACAACAACUUAUCUAUAAAUGAUUGUAUGGCAGCGCUGUUAUCCAUAGAUUACUUCAUAUGUAUACUAAUAUUACCGUAAAUACAGACACCGAUUGACAGUCAAUUAGAUUGAAUUCGCUUCGACUCUAUUAUAUGCAGUUAUGAUUCAUAUUUUAGUUAUUAAUUAAAAUAAUUAAUUAGCGCUUAAUGACAGCAAGAAUUUGUUGCGAUUAAGUAUUGAAGUAAUUGUUUGUUUCGGUAACAGCAUUGCAUCGAUUGCUCAUUGAAUUAGUUAUUAAAAUUAUAAACAAUUCUACAAAUUCUGUUCUCUUAAUAAUCACGAGUGGAAACAAAGUUGUAUUAUAUUAUAAUUAUAACUACAUUUCAUUUAUUUUCACUUAUGCUAUAAAUCACUUCACAAGACGUCAAGACAUUACUAUUAUUGACAUUAAAAACCGAACGAUUGUUUGAAUAAAGCAAUAAUCAGAGUCUGAGAUUUGACACAAUAAACAACACUUUAACACAUUUGUAGUUUGUUUUCUAUAUCUUGAUUACGAUUUCAAUUCUUAGCUUUGUUUGCAAUCAGUUUUUUCCAAAUUAUGUCCAAUUCUUCAGUUUUAAACGAUUCUGAUUCUGAUUCUUAUGAUAAUAAAGAAUAUAAUGAAAUAUAUUUACUAACAUUUAAGUUAAAUUCAUAUAACAGUAAUAGCUAUGAUCUGUCAGUUUGUAUACAAAUAUAAAUAUAAUUUUAUUGUAAAAAUAUUUUUAAAGUGAAUCUAGUCUUGUGUUAUGGAAAACAAUCUGCAAAUAAGUUAGUAAUUAAACAACUUUUGAAAUUAUAUUACAAUUCAUUUUCAAUUUAUAUCACAUUUCGAGUAAAAAAUUGUGUUUAAAAAAUGAAAACCAACUCUUAAUGCCUUUGCAUUCAAUUCACUGAAUGA